UUAUCGUGCGAGAUAUGAAAAUAAAGUGCAUAUAAAUUCACGAAAAAAUUGCAUUUAACCCGAAAAAUCACUCAAAAACUCGAAAAUCUAAAGGUGCUCAGAGCGAAAUUAACCACCAAUUCUCACGAUGUGGUUCCGAUUCAACCGAAAAGCCUUUCAAUUGGCUGUUUUCCUGCUAUUUUGUCUAGUCAUUUUCCACAACAUCGAAAAUUCGGCUGCCGAAAAUAACAAAGACAUCCCUCUCACGAAAUUCUCAUUCCAAGCUGCUCCAACUGUGUCGUUCCUUUACUGCUAUUCGUGCGGUUACCGGAAGGCCUUUGACGAGUACAGCAACAUCUUGCACGACAAAUAUCCCGAAUUGCAAAUCAAGGGAGGCAAUUACGACCCGCCAGGCCUAAACACGGUCUUUUCUCGCUUCAUUUCGAUCUCAAAGAUACUUUUUAUCAUCGCAAUUGUCUCGGCCUUUGACUUUUGGGGUAAUUUUGGCAUGCAACCGCCUUCGUGGUGGACUUGGUGCACGACAAACAAGGUUUAUGCCGCUAUGAUGGUCUUUUUCUUGGGCAACAUGAUCGAGGCGCAACUCAUUUCGUCCGGGGCUUUCGAGAUUUCCUUCAACGACGUGCCAAUUUGGUCGAAGCUGAGUACUGGAAGGAUUCCCGCACCGCAGGAACUUUUCCAAAUUAUCGAUUCGCAAAUCAGUAUGAUGCAAGAUGGAUCCGAUAGUCUCAAGAAAAAUCCUGAUUUUGUUAAAUAAGCGGAAAAAUUCAUUUUUUUUGCUCCUAAAUUUAGUUUUUAUUUGGUUGUCGCAUUAAAAGGUGUCAGUUUAUUUUUAUCUUUUGUUGAAAUUUUAUUUUAGCUCUUAUUUAGCCAAUAAAGUACUACAUAAAUAGAGAAAAAUUUGUAUAAGCUGUGUACAUUUACGCAAGAAAAAAUGUGUUUAGUGAAGUAAUUUGAAUAAUAAAAGAAACAGUCA